AUGAGUAGUAUGAGUCCCACAAUUGUAUUCGAUCCGAAGAGUGGAGAGGUGAAAAUGGUAACAGGAGGCACUGGAGGCUCGAAAAUUAUUUCGGCAGUGGCCCAGACUCUAGUCAGAGGGUUGCUGCUGGGACAGAGUGCUGCGGAGAUAGUUGACAUGCCGCGAGUUCAUAAUCAACUGACACCAUUCGAGACAGAAGCGGAAAAAGACUUCUCUGAGAAAAUCCUGGAGCAACUAGAAAAGGAGCAUAAUCAAAAAAUGGAGAAGACUGAUGAGGCGUUGGCAAUUGUGUACCCAAUUACGAAAGAUGAUGAUGAGUAUACUGUUGCUGCGGAUUAUAGAAGAGAAUCGGGGGAUUCACCGGCUGGAUAUUAG